AUGGAUGGAUGCAAAGAAUUGGACAUCAGUGACGCUGUUACUGAAGGUCUGCGGAAGCACUGGGGCAUUGUUGGUCAGGAUCAGGAGGGGCAUGAUGAAGCGCAAGGAGAGGUGGCGCACGAGGAAGAGGAUGAGGAGGUGCACCCAGACUUGUGGUUUCUGUGUGAUGGAUGCCAGCAGCCCAUCCCUGGUGGAAAGCGCCGCUUUGAUUGCAAAGUUUGUGAAAAUUUCACGUUGUGCACGAAGUGCUUCCGAAUUCGACGACAUCCUCACGCUUUUGUUCGCAAGCGUGUGCCUGACAGCUGCAUGCCGCCGGAGGACUUCAAGGGCACGCAGCCCAACAUUGGUAGUGAAGGAAAUGUGCUGGAUGAGUAUUUCCAGCUAGACUACGAGGACAUCAUCGGUGGUGAUUUGCCGACGAGGUUCAAGUACCGCAAAGUUGAGCCAGAUGACUAUGGCAUCCCCGUAGAUGUCAUCCUCUCCAAAUCAGGCAAGGAGCUGAAUCGCAUGGUCUCCAUCAAGAAGCUCCGUCCCUAUCGGGAAGAGGACGAGGCUUCACUGCGUAUGGCGGCUGUUAUGGUUGCCGCAAUCUGGUCUUGCUCGUACAAAAAACUGAACACACCCACGUCCGGCCAUCGCGCAUGA